UUCUGAGCUACAAGAUUUUCCCUUUGCUGCCAUCUAUGGGAAGCAUAUAAAAUUAUUUCCAGAAAACAAAAUUGUUACAACCAAUGUAUCAGAUGGUGGAAAGAUUACUUAAUGUUGGCAAUCUGUUCUUUAUAACAUUAAGCUAUUAGCUAUGUUCAUGUCUACAUCAAACAUAGAAAUGUAAGUUUUUUGCAUUUGUGUAUUAAUUUAAACAUGCAUACAAUUUGUCUGACCACCAGGCAGUGAAGUUAUAUCACAAAAUAUUAUUUUGUUCUAUGUAGUCUGUCUUAUUACACAUUUUUUAUAGAAAUGACCAGAAUAAAACAAAUGUAUUCUAAAGAUAUCCCUUAAUCUAUUUCAGGGUUGUACAAAAGGGUUGUUUUUUAAGAAUUUUAAAAAAGUAUCUUAUAUUUUAUCAUGCCAGCAAAAAGCAACCAAAAAACAAUCUAAUUCUUGUGAAGGUCUGCAUGGUAAACUUACAAUAAACGUUGUCAAGCUAUUUUGGUUUAGUCUGUUUUAUUUUUAAAAGCCACUUUAAAUAAGGGCCUGAGUUUUGUGUACAUCUCUCUGAGUUCCAUGAUAGAAGUGCCAUGUUUGUAGUUGCCAAGGUAACAUAUUUAUUUAUUGAUUUAUGUUAAGAGGUAUUUGAACAGAUAUUGUCUUUAUACUCUAUUCAGGAUCAUUGUUUAUUUGAAAAUGGGCCUGAUGAUUUUGUGAAUUGUUUAAAAUGAGUACCAGAACUACAAUAACUAAUACAUCUACAUUGAGCACUCCAAGAUCCUCUUCUCAUUCUGAAGAAGAGGUUUCUAUAGUGGUUGAUGCAGAAGCUGAAGCAGAGGAACCUGCUGUGCCAUUCUAUACAGAUGAACAGUUAGAAUUAUUGGUGAGGGAAGUCAAACAUUAUGCUACUCUGACUGAUGUUCAGAAUGAUGUCUGGAAUGUGAAUGUAGAGAAUGUUAUCAAAGACUAUUUCUUGAGCAAGUCUGCUUGGGUACUAAGCAUUUAUCCUGAUGACGUUACAUUAGCAGCAGCAUUAGGGCCUCCAACAGUCCCUGUUAAAUAUUUGAUAUACUUCGUGAAGGAUCCUACUGAUGUUAUAACACCAGAGAAUUUCUGUGAAUUUGUUACAUUUGGGACAGCAACUGAUAGCAUUGAAGGGGCAAUGCUUGAUGUUCUACAAUAUGUCUAUUCCCCAAGAUACUUCAUGAAUACAUCAUGGCCUAAUGGUAUCCUUUAUGUGUGAUCAGUUUUUGUAAUGACUUCAAUAAUGAGGACAAAUUUAGAGUGUUUAAUGGUAUUUGACUGUUGCCCAUUUGGGUUUAAGAAAAGACUGUUUCUAUUAUAACACCAUCAUUGCAACAAAUGUGGGAUGAUGCAUGCCAUCCAGAUGUAUUACAAGUCUGCAAGAUAAAAAUGUUAAAGAUGGCUUCUUAUACUCUGCCUUUAAAAACUUGUUCAUUUGUACACAUUACCAAACCAGCAUCUUUUAUAAGAAAUGUAACUGCAUUACAGACCAGUGUGAGAAAGCAGACAUGGAAAACUUUGUACAGGUGGCAUUACUGGAAGUAAAUUCAUAUAAGACCUACACUUGCUUAAAGCUGGUUAGACUGCAGUAUAAAAAAUAAACAUUUUAUCCAUUUAUUACAAGUAUUAAGUUUUGUAUGUCCCUCAGAGAGAAUAACAGAGACUGAAGGGGAUAUUUAAUUUUACUACAGUGUUCAGGUAUUAUUUUAAUACUAUUAUAAUAUGACACAUCAGAGGUGACAGGAAUGAACUUUUUUGUAUUAAACAGUAAUACAGUUUAUUGGAGCAUUAUCUUUGCAUAUCAUAUUGAAAAUACUAAUGGUAUAAAAUGUAUUUAUAGCGUGAAUUAAAUGUGAAACAUUUUCAGUGACUGAAGUCAGAUUCCUGUCGAACACACCAACACAAAACCACCUGACUCCAUACUCAUGCCAAAUGCAGACUCUUCCAUACCCCACCAUAGUCUAAUUUGCAUGUCUUGCUACCAGAGAUGCUACUGUCAGAACAUAUUUUAAUUAAUUUCUUCUGCAUUGUGUGAAUGGUGCACUUGCACAUUCAAGC